AUGUCCUCAGCCCCGCAAGCGCCGGCUCCGCCGGCUCCCGGUAUCCCGCCGCCGCUCCUUCCUCCGGCGCCCCUGCCAGUUCCCGAAGAGCUCGAAUAUACCGAGAAGUUCCUACCGGCGCCGCCCCCCGGCCCCAAUCUCUGGGUUGUUAUGGGCGAUUGUGACAUAUGCAAGCAAGCCCGGAAGAAACCGUGCACGGAGGGACAGAACCCCGGGAGCUGCACCGCGUGCGAGGUUGGAAGGCGUGGCAAGCAGUGCACGGUUUACGGUUUCCGCGCCGACGGCGCGUUCAUCGUACCGGAGGUCGGCUUCGUAGGAUGGCUCGAGAAAAACCGACUCGAGAUCAUCGCCGACCUCCCUGUGCAUACACAAAUCGUCGCGCAGGGCGUGGCCGACCUCGCGCUCACCUGGCUCACGCAAGAUGAGCUCUACCCCGCACCAGGACACAACCCGGCCGUCGACCGGCCGUUCCCACAUCUGCAAUCGUACACGGCGUACACGAAGUGGGAUCGACAGGGCGCCCGCAAGUUCGCCACCCAGGUCGUGUUCCGCAGGCGGCCACAAGAAGCCCGACAAGGAGCAUGGGUGGGCAAGGACGUCUGGGUUCUCACGUACCGUGGUCUGCGCAAGUUUCCCCCUUCCGCUCCCGCCGCGCCUCCCGCCCCAACCACAUCCACUCCCAAGAAGGGCAAGUCGCGCUCAACCUCCGGCAAGGACAAGUCGCGCACGACCGCCGGGAAGGGUGGCACUUCCCGCUCGCGGAGGCCUACCACGCAGAGCGCCUCCGCUGCUGGGCCCUCGAAGCCGCGAAAGCGGAACCAGGCUGCACGCUCCGAAUCCGAGGACGAAUCAAUCCCCAGGAAGGCCACGCGGACGUCCGGAUCGGUGCCGGACCCGCUCCCUGAGGUUCCCGCCAUCCCUGUCUUCGACGCGGAUAGGUUUACGGCCACACUCCGGCGCGUCCACGCCGAGGGCGACGGGGCCGCGUGGAUUGAGGCCCAUGGGUUCGUCAGUAACAUCGCAGCCGAUUUCAGCCACCUUGCUGACUUCAUGGCCACCCACGUGCCGAAGAACACCAAGAAGUAG